AUGCAGGCUUCUCCAUUUCGAAUGAGUCAACUAACUCCACCUGAAGAACUUCAUACUGUUGCCUAUGUGUUUACAAAUGGUGGGCCGCAAAUGAGGAGUGAUGAAGUAAAUCCGGUUGCAAAAGGACAUCAAAGCAAAAAGAAACAUUCCAGAAAAUCUAAGAGACACUCUUCAUCUAAGAGAAGGAAGAGUAUGUCCCUGUGGUUAGACAAACAGGAAGAUGCUGCAGCUACUUACAAAUCCAUGAAGAGAGGAUAAUAUAACAGCCAACCAGCAGCUGAUAACAUCUUGUCAACUGCUCCACCAUGGCCACAUGCUACCGUCAAUCACAAUGUCCAUGAGGAGGGGAUGGAAAAUGGUCAACCCCAACAAGAUAAUGUCGUGCCAAAUGUUCUCUCAGGGCUUAUUAAUAUGACAGGAGCUGGUAUUCCAGCGAGGAGUACCAGGGAUCUGUAUUCUACCGUCACUAUAUUAUCCGGUGAAGAGAGAAUGGAAAAUGGCCAACCCCAACCUGAUAACGUCUUGUCAGCUGUUCCCAUAGGUCUUAUUAAUAUGGCAGCAACUCUAUUCCAGCCAUACGAGUGCCAGAGAUCUCAGCUCAGCCUCUUCCUUUGGUUUCCAGAUGCUACAGUCACUCACAAUGCAUGUGAACAGAAUGAAAAUGUCCAACCAGCACCUGAUAAAUGUUGUUUAAUUCUUCUGACCACAGCUAUUAAAGUGGCAGCCACUGGUAUUUCAACCAUGAGUAUCAGGGAUCUAUGCGCCAUCACUUACAAUGUCCCUGAGGAGAAAAUGGAAAAGAGCCAACCCCAACCUGAUAACGUCUUGUCAACUGCUUCAACAGGGCUUAUUAAUGUGGCAGGAGCUUGUGGCUUCAUUGUACUGUCUUCUCCAGUCACUCACAAUGGCCGUGAACAGAAGAUGGAAAAUGUCCAACCAGCACCUGAUAACGUGUUGUUGACUCUUCGACCACAGCUUAUUAAUAUAAGUGUUUACUGUAUUUCAACCAUGAGUACCAGGGAUCCGUAUGCUACUGUCAAUCACCAUGUCCAUGAAGCAAGGAUGGAAAAUGGCCAACCACAACAGGAUAAUGUCUUGUCAAAUGUCUUAUCUGGGCUUAUUAAUAUGGCAGCUACUCCUAUUCCAGCCACAAGUGCCAGAGAUCUCUAUGCUACAGUCACUCACAAUGGCCAUGAACAGAAGAUGGAAAAUGUCCAACCAGCACCUGAUAACGUGUUGAGAUCUUCGACUGCGCCUAUUAACAUGGCAGCCACUGGUAUUUCAACCAUGAGUACCAGGGAUCCGUAUGCUACUGUCAAUCAACAUGUCCAUGAAGCAAGGAUGGAAAAUGGCCAACCACAACAGGAUAACGUCUUGUCAAAUGUUCUAUCUGGGUUUACUAAUGUGGCAGGAGCUAGUAUUCCAGCAAUGAGUUCCAGGGAUCUGUGGUGUAUGUGUAUUCCACUGUCACUCACACAUCCGGUGGAAGAGAGAAUGGAAAAUGGUCAACCCCAACCUGAUAACAUCUUGUCAACUGGUCCCACAGGGCUUAUUAAUAUGGCAGCUACUCCUAUUCCAGCCACAAGUGCUAGAUUCUAUGCUACAGUCACUCACAAUGGCCGUGAACAGAAGAUGGAAAAUGUCCAACCAGCACCUGAUAACGUGUUGUUGACUUUCUGACCACAGCUUAUUAAUAUAAGUUUUACCGGUAUUUCCAACCAUGAGUACCAGGAUCCGCAAGUUUAUGUCACCGCCACUCACAAUGUCCAUGAGGCAAAGAUGAAAAAUGACCAACAGGCACCUGAUAACUCCUUGUCAACAGUUCCACCAGGGGGUACUAAUCUAUCAGGAGCUGGUAUUUCAUCCAGGAGCACCAGGGGUCUGUAUUCUACUGUCAUUCACGAUAUCCAGGAGGAGGAAAUGGAAAAUGGUCAAAUCCCUCCUGAUGGCCUCCUGUCAAAUUCUGAUUCACCAGAGCUUAUAAAUAUGACAGGACAUCGUAUGCCACCCAAGGCAUUGGGUUCUUUCUCUUACGACUUCACAAGUCUCAGCAAAGAUGAGCUGCUUUACCAACCUGAUAGUAAUGAAUUUGCUGUAGGCAUCAAAAACUACAGUGUCUCUGCAGGUGACCCACCAGUCACAGCAAUGUCUUCAGUGGAAACUGUGCCAAAUACACCACAAAUAUCUCCUGCCAUGGCAAAGAAAAUUAAUGAUGAUAUAAAAUAUCAAUUAAUGAAAGAAGUUCGAAGGUUUGGGCAAAAUUAUGAAAGAAUUUUCAUUUUGCUUGAAGAAGUACAAGGAUCUAUGAAGGUCAAGAGACAAUUUGUUGAAUUUACCAUCAAGGAAGCAGCAAGGUUUAAAAAAGUUGUCUUAAUUCAGCAACUCGAGAAGGCGCUUAAAGAAAUAGAUUCCCACUGCCAUCUCAGAAAAGUUAAGCACAUGAGAAAAAAAUAA